GCUGCAACUCUCCUCAACUCGUGCUUGUCGCGUUGCGGGGCUUGUUCACUGUAUCGGAUAACGUUCACGAUGGCGGCCGCGUCUCAAGGGAAUCCUUCCUUGAUCUCUGUUACGUCAAAAUAUGUCGCGCCGUCCGACCCAUCAUUGCCUGCCCUGGCCUUGCAAAUCACCAGCCUUGUGGGCUCAUACAUGAUUUGGGUUGGUGUUACGAAUCAGCCACCAGAGUCUGUGCAGAAUGCAGCCCGCUCUGGUGUGCUUUGCAGAGAUUGGGCAUGUGCUAUGCCCGCACCACCCGGCCAUGCAUCUUGGAAGGGCUUUGGACCUGCAACUUCCCUGUUCCGAUCAUCAAGUUCUGAUGUAUCUUUUUCGAUGGCGCAGCGUCUUGCACGGAGGUUUCAUCGACAGAUAUUCUUAUCGGUUGAUGUGCCUGCUACCCUUUUAUCAACACCGCGGGGAUCUCAUCUGUUGUUUGAUGCAGAGAAAGGCAUAGUUACUACCCUCAACAGCCUUGGAGAUGAACACGGCCCAGAGGUAUCAUAAAUUCUGCCCUAUCCAACCAAUUUGCUGUGCAAAGCAUGUGUGAGGGGGCAUGUCAUAAUGUGGGUGGCGGAUUCAAUCUGGGUGCCGUAUAAUACAAAUCAUGUUGUCAAAUGUCGUUGGUGAGUACUGAUCUCGCCACGGAAGUAACCCCUGGCCACGUGUUGUACUGGGUCUAGAGGAGUGGAUCGAUCCACUUGGAUAAAACUCGUGUUGGCACGAAGUUGGCACUGUAAUAAUUUUUUAAGAAUGAAAAGCAAAAUUGAUUUGGGA